CGGUGCAUAAAAAUUUCAGCAGUUUGUUUGCUGUUUGCUUUAUGUGAACCGUACGCUGAAAUUCUUCUGUCCGUCAAAUAUUUAAAAAUUUAUCCGUUUCAUCUGAGUAUUUCCUGAUAUAUUAGCAGCACUUUCUCCCGUUUUAAUGAUUCCACCACUUGAGAAAUGUUGAAUCUUGCCGCAGCGAAGGAUGAGCAACGUGGAGACGCUGAAUAUGGCCUUGCCUCUUAAGGAUUGCGAAUUCAAAUGGCGCUAUCGUAAAGUGUACCCUGGCACCUUCCAGACCCCCGCCGCCCCUCUACCCCUCAGCCAACCCCGCCGUCCACGCCGACCCACCCCCUCACCGUCCCCAGCGCCCAUUCCCCAGUCAACCAGCACGGAUUUCUCCACGGCUGCUGUUGCUAGGCCCAUGGAUCCGUUCCGUCAGUUCAACGACAGUGUGCAGGAUGUCUGGUCCACGGAGGACCCCGAGGAUGUGGAUGUGCAGCCGGAAGUGGAGCGGCAUGCGGGAUUAGUCCCGGCGGAGGGGAAUUUCAACGGGCUGCGGACUCCGGGGCGCAUGAGCGCCACGAAUCGUUAUUCAUCGGAGCAUCUGCGCGCCAAGGGACUGCAGCGACUGGCCAUGCAGGCGCAGGGUGGGGUGGCGUCCGCGGGCAAGGGAACGCGGCCAGGUCUGGCCGUCCGCUCCGUCUCCAUGGGCUUCCCCCUGACGCCGACGGCCACCAGCGACGCUCCCCUGGAAUACUCCCACACCUCCCCGCUGGAAGUUCUCCCGCGGCAAACCCAGAAAGCCGAUAAAUUCCUCAAGCUCCUGGCGCAGAAAUCCUUCGAUCUGGAGGAUCUGCGCAAAAUCAGCUGGUCGGGGAUCCCGGUGGAGUUGCGCGGGCGGAUUUGGAGGAUCUUGUGCGGGAUAGCGCCGCCCGUGGGUGACGCGGUCAAAGUGGCGGAGUCGUUGAAGCGGAAGCGCGAUGAGUACGGGAGUUUGGUGCAGGAAUAUUACCCGAAACGGGAGGAUGAACAGUAUAAGGAUACGUUCCGGCAGAUUCAUAUUGAUGUACCGCGGAUGUGUCCGCUGGUGCCGCUGUUCCAGCAGACCCAUGUCCAGGAGCUCUUCGAGCGUGUCCUGUUCAUCUGGGCCAUCCGCAACCCGGCCAGCGGCUACGUGCAGGGCAUCAACGACCUGGUGACGCCCUACUUCAUGGUGUACCUGCGCGACUAUAUUCCCGUCCUCACCGGCAACCUGGAGGACUUCCCGGUGGCUACAUUGCCCUCCGCGGCGCUGGCGGAGAUCGAGGCCGACAGUUUCUGGUGCUUGUCGAAACUGCUGUCGUCCAUCCAGAACAACUACACCUUCGCCCAGCCGGGCAUCCAGCAGCGCGUAUUACAGCUGAAGGAUCUGAUCCAGCGGGUGGACGGCGAGCUGCACCGGCAUCUGGAGCGCUGCACCGUGGAGUAUCUGCAGUUCUCCUUCCGGUGGAUGAAUAAUUUAUUAAUCCGCGAGCUGCCGUUGAACUGUGUGAUCCGUUUAUGGGAUUCCUACCACAGCGAAGUGGACGGCUUCGCCGGUUUCCACGUGUACGUGUGCGCCAGCUUCCUGCUGUGGUGGUCGGAGGAUCUACGCCAGCAGGCCGACUUCCAGCACGCCCUGCUCCUGCUGCAGAAUCUCCCGACGCAGAACUGGGGCGAAGAUGAAGUGGCGCGGCUGCUGGCGCGCGCCUUCAUGCUCAAGUACGCCUUCGCCGAUGCGCCGCGCCACCUCAAAUCAAAUUAGGCAAUACUGCGGCCGAAGAACGGUGUGUUUCAUGUUUCUACUUGGUGCUUGUUGUUUUUACUAAAAUGGAUUUUGUAGAUUAAUUUCGCGUUGGGUUUUCUUCUAUUUGAUUAGACGUUGGGAUCUGAGUUGGGCGUGGUGCUUCAUUUAUAUAUGUGUAAAAAAUUGAUUGCGAAAGCAUUAAAAAUCC